UUCCUCUACACUUGUCUUUCUAUUGUCACUUUGCCUCUGCUCUUCUCGCUCUUUAUUCUUCUUCCCAAAUCUUUCCUGAUUUGUUUCUUUCUUUUCCUCUUACGUAUUCCACUUUUUCUACUCCCACUACUAUAAUACCAAAUACGUAUUUGUACGGCUAAAUUUUGCACCAUGACUGGCAGAGAAAUCAUUCACAAAAUAAAGGAAAGGGUUGGUUUAAGUUCAUCUGAUACCGGAAAAGGUAAGAGCAAAAUGUCAAAGCACAUAACGCAUGGUUAUCACAUGGUAGAGGGAAAAUCGCAUCACACCAUGGAAGACUAUGUUUUUGCACAAUUUAAGCAAGUUGACGAUAAUGAACUUGGACUAUUUGCAAUAUUUGAUGGCCAUUUAAGCCAUGAGAUUCCUGAUUACCUCCGAUCUCACUUAUUCAACAAUAUCCUGAAUGAGCCUAACUUCUGGGUUGAACCGGAGUCUGCAAUCAGGAGAGCAUACCGCAUAACAGAUUCCACUAUUUUGGAUAAGGCUACUGAUUUGGGUAAAGGAGGGUCCACUGCAGUUACAGCCAUAUUGAUUAAUGGCCAGAAACUAGUUGUAGCUAAUGUGGGAGAUUCUCGUGCUGUCAUUUUCAAGAAUGGAGUAGCCAAGCAGCUGUCCAUUGACCAUGAGCCUGUCAGAGAGAGGAAGAUCAUUGAGGAUAGAGGUGGUUUUGUUUCCAAUUUUCCAGGUGAUGUGCCUCGGGUUGAUGGGCAGUUAGCAGUAGCAAGGGCAUUUGGUGACAAGAGCUUGAAGAUGCAUCUUAGUUCAGAGCCGGAUGUGGUAGUAGAGCUCAUCGAUGACGAUACAGAGUUUCUCAUCUUGGCUAGUGAUGGCGUAUGGAAGGUACUGUCAAACCAAGAAGCUGCGGACUGCAUAAAGAAUAUAAAGGAUGCACGGUCAGCUGCGAAGCACCUUAAUGAACACGCCCUUGCAAAGGGAAGUACUGAUGAUAUAUCCUGUGUGAUUGUAAGGUUCCAAUAAUUUUGGGUUGUGUGUACUUGUGAAAUGAAGGAACGGGCACGAAUCAAAACUUGGAUCACAGUGGAAACCAAGUCAAUUUCUGUGUGACAGAGAAAAUGUAACAUCUGAAUAGUUCUUGCUUUUGUCCUGUAAAAUUCUGUUAUCACCAAUGAUCAUGGUAGUGUAUAAACAUUUAUGUUCCAAAAGUUGACACUGUUUGCAAACUGCAAAUAAAGGUUAUGUUGUUUCUCGAA